UCCUCGUUUACUUGAGUAUAUUUUGUUUUAAAGUUUAACCAAUAGUUUAACUUCGUUUAGUCUUAUUUAGUGGUCACUCUACUUGUCAUGUUGACGAGUUCACAGUCGCCCAAAGUGAUAAGUGAAGAUGCGUGCGGCGGAGUGUGUCGUGCUUGUUGUUGUCGUUGUUGUUUUUAACUUUGUUUGUGGACAAGAAGAUGUAGAAACAGGAGACAACCUUCAGUACCAAUUCUUCCCGGUGGUGGGAACCUCGGUGCAGUUCAAAGUGCGCGCGCACAACGAUGCCCACAUCGCGCUGUCCUUGCACCCAACGGAGACGGAUCCCCUGUAUGAGGUCGUCAUCGGAGGCUGGGAUAACACAAAAAGCGUGAUCAGAAAGAGGGUUUGUUCAUUUCACGAGAAAGAUGCAAAGCCGACACCUCAAUACCUCAGCGAGGAUGUGUUUCGCGGUUUCUGGGUGCAUUGGGACAAUGGGAUAGUGUCAGCUGGGCGCGAGGGCGAGACGAACGCGUUCCUUUCAUGGCGUGAUAAUGAGCCGUUCUCUGUUGCCGCUGCAGGAGUGCAUACUGGAUUUGGGUCAAAGGGCGUGUGGAAGUUACAAAAUGCGUCUUUUGAAGACAUUGACUUAAGAAAUAAAGAUGAGCAUGAAGAGUUAGAAGUGAAAACGGACGAAAGUAAUACGUACCAGUUUUUCCCGGUGUCGGGUAAUAUGCUGCGCUUCAAGGUGCGCGCGGGCAACGAUGCUCAUAUUGCGCUCUCGAGCCACCCGUGGGAGUCCGGCCCAAUGUAUGAGUUCCAAACUAUUUUAAUUGUAACAUAUAAUUUUCAGUUCGUUAUUGGCGGUUGGGAAAACUCUAAAAGCGCAAUCCGACGAAGAUAUUGCGAGCAGCAAGAGAAAGACGGUCUUGCGACGCCUCGGUUCUUGAACAAAGAUGAAUACCGUGGGUUCUGGAUAAAAUGGGACAAUGGCAUCGUUCAGGUCGGGAAAUCAGAGGAAGCCAGCCCGUUUUUGUCGUGGCAUGACCCUGAUGAACCUUUCAAGGUCGCUUUCGUGGGAGUUCACACUGGUUUCGGGUCAACUGGCACUUGGAAGAUCGAUAAUGUCCCUUCUGAGCCCAAGAAUAUCGAUAAUGAUGUGUUUACGGAAGAUAACGUGCAAUACCAAUUCUUCCCUGUGUACGGCACCUCGACCAAGUUUAAAGUGCACGCGCGAAACGACGCCCACAUCGCUCUCGCCUCCAUACCGCGGGAGUCUGGACCUAUGUAUGAGAUCGUUAUCGGAGGAUGGUCGAAUACAAAAAGCGUAAUAAGAAGGAAAAGCUGCUUCCCAUGGGAGAGAGAAGAAAUCCAAACCCCGAAUAUUUUGGGCGGGGACGAAUACCGUGGCUUCUGGGUCAGGUGGGAGAGUGCCACGAUCCUGGUCGGGCGCCAUGGCGAGGCCAAGCCCUUUAUGACUUGGCUUGACCUAGAACCCAUGCCGGUAUCCUAUUUCGGCGUGCAUACAGGCUUUGGAGCUACUGGCUUGUGGGAAAUUGAUAAUUUACAAAGCGGCGAAGGAAGCAAAUCUCUCUUACCUACGGGAGAUAACACGGAGUAUCAGUUUUUCCAAAUAUCGGGUCGCUCAGUGAACUUCAAGGUGCGGGCAAAUAAUGAUGUCCAUGUCGGUCUAUUCUCGGAAUCCCGCGAAACAGACCCCAUGUAUGAGAUUGUUAUUGGAGGUUGGGGAAAUACGAAGAGCGUAAUCAGAAAGAAAUAUUGCCACCAAAAAAUUGAAAAAGACGAAGUUGCCACACCAAAUUACUUGAAUGAGUAUCAGUACAGAGGUUUCUGGAUGCGUUGGAAGAAUGGAAAAAUCUCGGUCGGACAGGAAGGCUCGAAUAGGGCGUUUAUGUCAUGGGACGAUUUGAAUCCCAUACGUGUGACCCAUAUGGGAUUACACACUGGGUUUGGGUCAACUGGCACUUGGAAGAUCAAAAAUGAAUCUCGUAACAACGCUGAAGAACAAAUUGUCACUGGUGACAACCUCCAGUACCAGUACUUCCCAAUUUCAAGUACAUCGCUGCAUUUUAAAGUACGGGCUCGCAACGACGUCCAUGUUGGUCUUACAUCAGGGCCCCAGGACACUGACCCUAUGUAUGAGAUCGUCAUUGGUGGUUGGGCUAACUCAAAGAGCGUGAUUAGAAAAAGAUGCUGCCUACCACCUGAGAGAGAUGAAGUUCAGACACCAGAAAUCUUAGACGACACCGGUUUCCGUACUUUCUGGAUGAGUUGGGACAAGGGAAACGUUAUGGCUGGGCGGGAGGGAGAAACGAGCCCCUUUUUGAAGUGGCAAGACCCUAAUCCUUUCCCAGUUAGCUACUUUGGCGUGCACACCGGUUUCGGGUCUACCGGGACUUGGAAACUCGGAUCUUCUACAAUUGAUGAUCGCGUUAGCCACAAGCCGAUAGUAAUCCCGCUUGUGCUGCCAGCGGAAACACCGGCGCCGGCAGUGUGCGCGCCGACGCAGACGCGCCUAUUCACGGGCACCGCAUGUUCAGGGCAGGUCGUCUUUGAGGAGAACUUCGACGCUCUGCGUGAAGAUGUGUGGCAAGUCCAGCAGUACGUCCCCAUUGACCACCCUGAGCUUCCAUUCGUGUCAUACCAACGCUUCACCGUUUCCGUGAAAAAUGGAUACCUCCGCAUUACUCCUGCAUUACAGCAGGUCCAGCCUGGUUUUACUUACUACAGCUUAUAUGGCUCUUUGGAUCUAUAUAAUGGGUGUACAUCGGGACAGUCUUCUUCGUGUCAUAUAGAAGCUAGCGAUGGCGCGUCAAUCAUACCACCGGUGGUGGGAGGUCGUCUCACUACCAAAUCUAGUUUUGCUUUUACAUAUGGUAUCAUCAGUGUUCGAGCCAAAUUACCUCAAGGCGAUUGGAUUUACCCAGAGAUACUGCUAGAGCCGCUGAUAAAGAAAUAUGUCUAUGGAACUAAGAACUCGGGGAUGAUCAAGAUAGCGUGUGCACGUGGAAACUUAGAUCUCACAAAGGGCUCUACUCAGUUCGGAAAUAAGGUCCUAUACAGUGGCCCCGUGAUAGACACAAAGUGUAACAACGCGUUGUUUGUCAACAAAGUAUCUAAUAACUAUUGGGGUGACGAUUUCCACGUAUACUCCGUCAAAUGGACCCCAGAGAGUUUGAUCAUGUCGGUGGAUGGCGAGGAGUAUGGUCGCAUCGAGCCGGGGAGAGAUGGACUGCGCGCGAGUCUGCCAAAGACCUGCGCUGGCCCGCAACAAUCGGGCAUGGCGCCAUUUGACGACCACUUUUAUAUAACCCUAGGGUUGGCAGUCGGAGGCCACACGGAGUUCCCCGACGCGUGCGUUUCGAAGGACCACAAGAAACCGUGGAAGGAUCGCGCGUCGAAGGCAACCCUGAACUUCUGGAAUGACAUUGACGCCUGGCACGAUACAUGGGAACUACCAAAGCUGCUGGUGGACUACGUGAAAGUUGUCGCGUUGUAAUUUACUAUCCCUCUUAUUCAUAAACGUUUACUA